UGUGUGGGAGAGAGAGAGCGAGCGAGCGAGCGAGCGAGAGGGUAGGUGGGGCUUAAUGCACAGCUGCCGACACUCGUCACAACCUUCAGAGCCGGACGGCUACAGAAAUUGAAUGGAAAUCGCGAAGGUCCUAACGAAACGAACACAGGAUCUACAAUAAGGUCAGCCGCGGAUUUAAAAACGACCAACAGCGCAGGCUGAAUAUACAACGGCUAGCAAAUCACAUUAAUGCAAAACCUUUUGUGUUAUAAAGUAGCCUAUUCUAAGAGGACCUUUCCUUCGUCUGUCGUGAAAAGAGGACUGCACUAAAGAAAAGACUGCAUCAACGCAAAUAAGGCACUCAACAGUUUUUAAAUACACGAAGCAACGAAUUGGAACUGAAGACAUUCUUUUCAUGGGAUUACAUUGCAUUUGAGAGAAGAAAAUCAAGUAUCGCUGUAUGCAAACGGAUUAGCUGCUACUGUACCGGUUGCAACAAAGAAACUAUGUGGGGUUUCCUAAUGUUUUUGUGUAUUUGUCUAUAGGGUUGAAAUUCUCUUAGUUGUGCAUUUUGUCCCAGGACAGAUCUAAUCGGGCGCCGCGUUCUCUUCUUAUCUCCGCCUCGCUAAACUUACUGUUGUAGAAAUAUUGGCCAUAACUGACUGUGCGAUCGUGCUCGUUCUGUGAGCAACAUGCGGAACGACGCAGCUAUACAAAUAUUUUUCAGACGUGUUGGUGGAUAUUGCUCAUAGUUGUAAGCGUUGGUUUCGAGAAAUGUGGGCUCGUCUUCUAAGCCCCGUCUCCAUGUCAUAGCUCAGAUCGGUAGUGUUUUGCGCACGACAUUUUCAUGAAGUGUUACAGAUAAAUUUCGAGGGAAAUCGAAAUCGUGUCAUGUGCAAAAAAUGGUAACUUCCAACUAUUACCUGACUUAACCUUUUUUGGACCCUAUUUUCUGGACCCAUAGUAACUUUCAAACUUUUAAAACUUUGUAUUUAUUUUUGAUAAUUGUUGCACGAUGUAUGAGAGUGUGGAUGUAGUGGGUUUGACUUCGAGUCCAACUCCAUUUCUAAUGAUGGAUUACUACAACCAGAACAGAGGAUGUUUGAUCCAGGAGAAGGGGCUGCCUGGAGCGCCCCGUCCCUACAGCACGUCCACCAGGAACCAGCACUGGAACGGCUCAAAUCACUCCAUAGAAACGCAGAGCACCAGUUCGGAGGAGAUCGUGCCGAGCCCCCCCUCGCCCCCCCCUCCCCCAAGGGUCUACAAGCCGUGUUUCGUCUGCCAGGACAAGUCGUCAGGGUACCACUAUGGAGUCAGCGCCUGUGAAGGCUGCAAGGGUUUCUUCCGGCGGAGUAUUCAGAAGAAUAUGGUGUACACGUGUCACCGGGAGAAGAACUGCAUCAUCAACAAGGUCACCCGCAACCGCUGCCAGUACUGCCGUCUGCAGAAGUGCCUGGAAGUGGGCAUGUCCAAGGAGUCCGUGAGGAACGACCGCAAUAAGAAGAAGAAAGAGGAGAAGAAGCAGGAGUGCACGGAGAGCUACGUUCUGAGUCCGGCCACAGAGGAGAUGAUCGAGCGCGUGCGAAAGGCCCACCAGGAGACCUUCCCCUCCCUCUGCCAGCUGGGCAAAUACACUACAAACAACAGUGCACAGCAUCGCGUGGCUCUGGACGUCGACCUCUGGGACAAAUUCAGUGAGCUGUCCACCAAGUGCAUCAUCAAAACGGUGGAGUUCGCCAAGCAGCUGCCCGGCUUCACCACGCUCACCAUCGCCGACCAGAUCACCCUGCUGAAGUCCGCCUGUCUGGAUAUCCUGAUCCUGCGGAUCUGCACGCGCUACACGCCGGACCAGGACACCAUGACGUUCUCGGACGGCCUGACGCUGAACCGCACGCAGAUGCACAACGCCGGCUUCGGGCCGCUCACCGACCUGGUCUUCGCCUUCGCCAACCAGCUGCUGCCCCUGGAGAUGGACGACGCCGAGACCGGGCUGCUCAGCGCCAUCUGCCUGCUGUGUGGAGAUCGGCAGGACCUGGAGCAGUCGGAGAAGGUGGACGUGCUGCAGGAGCCGCUGUUGGAGGCGCUGAAGAUCUACGUCAGGAAGCGGCGGCCGCACAAGCCUCACAUGUUCCCCAAGAUGCUGAUGAAGAUCACCGACCUCAGGAGCAUCAGCGCCAAGGGGGCGGAGCGCGUCAUCACCCUGAAGAUGGAGAUCCCGGGAUCCAUGCCCCCCCUCAUCCAAGAGAUGCUGGAGAACUCUGAGGGGAUAGAGAGCCAGGGGGCAGGGGGGAGCAGUCGGGCCAACGGGGCCCCCCCGGGGAGCUGCAGCCCCAGCCUGUCCCCCAGCUCCCCCCAAAGCAGUCCGGAUACGCACUCCCCAUAGACUGGGACUACCUCGGGCCUGGAACACUGGCCUCUGCUUCAGCACCCCCCAGCCCUAACCCUACCACCCCCCGCCCCCUCCCCCGCCACCUGAAAAACAGAGUGAGCAGAACAGGAAGUCACCUUUUCGCCCGGAAGAACUGUACGGUGUCACUGCUGACUCAUGUGCUACACACCUCCCCACCCACACCCCAUUCCACCCAAAAAAAAACUGAAGCAAACUGGAUUCACUCCCAGUCUGAGGUGUGGGGUCUGUGUGGUGCAGCUGGAACUGUCGGCAGAGGACAGACAGACGGACGGACGGAUGGACGCGGGACAUUGUUUGUCCCCUGAGGAUUUUGUGGUCCUGACUGAGCAGAGAUCGCCAAGAAAGGGUUUUCCCCUUUUUCUUUUGUCAGCUUUCGGACAGAUGUUUUCUUACAAAAGAUAUACAAAUAUAAAUAUAAAUAUAUUAUAUAUAUAUAAAAGAUUGAGGAAUGAUUGAGAUUGAAUUGUGAUGGAAUGACUAGUGAAAAGUGUUUUUUUGAAAAGUUUUCCCACUGUUUCCGAGAUGAGAUGAAUUGUGUUUGCUUCACUGUUCUAAUAUGUUCGUGCUCAUGAUAUUGACAAAUUCUCGACAGCGUGAUUGCAAGCUGUAUUUUUUUUUUUUAAAGCAAAAGAGUACAAAAAAAUUCAGAUCUGGAUUUCUUUUACACACGCGCACAGGGUUGGGAUAAAAAUGGUGACACAAACUGUUCUGUUUGUUUUGAAUGUUUGUUUUUCAUUUUAAUGAAAAAAAGAAUGAAAAAUUUCAUAUGCUAUUAUACUGGUUCCAUGUGUUUAGGUCACAGGUCCUUGAAAAACAAUGAAGAUUGUCUUUGUAAAGGUUGAUUUAAGUAGCCUCUAAAAUAAUGUACAUAAGCUGUAUUCAUUCUUUAAAGUAUGAAGAGUUUAGCCCUCACUUGAUUUUUAAAAAACAGCCUUUUCUUUUUUUUUUUGUUGUUUAAGAAAAGUCAUUUUAAGCACAUUUUAUUGAAGGACUGGCAUUGAUGGACUGUUUAGGAAUCUUAGAUAAGGGACAGAUGUGUAAAAACUAAUGUAGGGGAGAUGCUGAGCGCUGACGAGCAGCACCUUUCCCUGAAAUAAAGGAGAAUGAGAACGAA